GCGGCAGCAGCAGCUUCAAUAGCAGCAGCAGCAGCUGGAAGAAGACAAGGAGAAGGAUGCCGGCCGCGGCUGGGGACGGGCUCUUGAGCGAGCCGCCCGCGCCAGGCUCCGGUCUGGGAGGAGGAGACGGCGGCGGGGAAGACGCGAAGCCUCCCCUGGCCUCGGCGGGAAGUUUCCUCCCACCUUGGGUGAGCGCGGUGUCCAGGGAGCAGCUCCGAGACUUCCAGCACAACAAACGCGUCGGCAACUACCUCAUCGGCAGCAGGAAGCUGGGGGAAGGCUCCUUCGCCAAAGUGAGAGAGGGAUUGCAUGUGCUGACCGGAGAAAAGGUGGCAGUGAAGAUUAUUGAUAAGAAGAGAGCCAAAAAGGACACUUAUGUCACAAAAAACCUAAGACGAGAGGGGCAGAUCCAGCAAAUGAUCCGGCACCCCAACAUCACUCAACUACUUGAUAUCUUAGAGACAGAAAAUAGCUACUACCUGGUCAUGGAGCUGUGUCCUGGUGGCAACCUGAUGCACAAAAUAUAUGAGAAAAAAAGACUGGAGGAGCACGAAACUCGCAGAUACAUCAGGCAACUUAUCUUAGCAGUAGAGCAUCUUCAUCGAGCAGGAGUGGUCCACAGAGACUUGAAGAUAGAAAAUUUGCUGCUAGAUGAAGACAACAAUAUCAAGCUGAUUGACUUUGGCUUAAGCAACUAUGCAGGCAUCUUGGGUUAUUCAGAUCCUUUCAGUACCCAGUGUGGCAGCCCAGCCUAUGCAGCUCCAGAACUUCUUGCCAGGAAGAAAUAUGGUUCCAAAAUAGAUGUCUGGUCCAUAGGUGUGAAUAUGUUUGCUAUGUUAACUGGAACACUGCCUUUCACUGUGGAGCCAUUCAGUCUGAGAGCUUUAUACCAAAAGAUGGUGGACAAAGAAAUGAACCCCCUCCCUACUCAACUCUCUACUGCAGCCACAAACUUCCUGCGAUCUCUGCUAGAACCAGAUCCUGCAAAGAGACCAAACAUUCAGCAAGCACUGGCAAACCGUUGGCUUAAUGAGAACUGUCCUGGAAAAGCUCCGUAUAACAUCACAUAUCCAAACAGGAUUCACCUAGAAGACUUGAGCCAAAGUGUGGUACUUCACAUGACGGAAAAGCUUGGGUACAAAAAUAGUGAUGUGAUCAACACCGUCUUGUCCAACAGGGCUUGCCACAUCCUUGCUAUUUACUUCCUGCUGAACAAGAAACUUGAACGCUAUUUGUCAGGCCUUAGAAAGUCGAACAUUCAGGACAAUAUCUUCUACAAGAACCAGCUCUAUCAGAUAGAAAAAUACGGCUUGAAUACAGAGUCUUCUGAGGACAAAAAACUUAAAGAACAAGAGAAGAAAGGGGAUUUUCUUCAUCGACCAUUUCCAAAAACACUAGAUAAGAACCUGACUUCAUACAAGCAGCCAUCGGCUUGUCUCGUCACACAGAUUCAAAACACCAAAGCCAGAAAGGACCAGAAAGCUGCCAAGCCUAGUUUUCCAGAAAAAGAUUCAUUUCGUGGCCUUAGCCCCUUCCACGAAGCUGCUAUAGGAGCCAAGACUGGGUGUAUUGCUUCUUGUUCCUUGGAAUAUCUUGAAAUUCAGCAUCCCAGGACCCCAAGAAUUACGAAGAAGCAGGAACUUCAUCAGCAAGAAACUGCAAGCAUGGGAAUCCAGUCAAAGGACAAUCAUUUAAUCCUAGAUGUUGUACGUUCCUUUGAAUCUGUUGAUCGAGAGGACCAAAUAGAACUUCUCUCUCCAACUCAUCACUAUAGGAUUUUGAGUUCACCAGUGAACAUUUUACGAAGAAACUCUAAUGAGAGGACAUUAUCCCCAGUCUUACCAUUGGGGAGCAUCUCCCCUAGCAAAGUUCCCCCCCAUUCUACUCCAGUCUCUUUUGCCUAUGAAGAAAAAAAUAGUCCUUCUAGGGAAGAGGGUAUGUGUUCCCCUCCAGCAGUUUCCGCUAAUGGCACCACCACACAUCCUCUGGGGAGUCCAAAUUGUGUGAAAAGUAGGGGCAGGUUUCCCAUGAUGGGAGUUGGACAAAUGUUGAGAAAGAGAAAUCAGACUAUUCAGUCAUCCACUGACAAGCCUUUGGAGGCCCGGCUGCCUCCAUUACAUCAGAUUAAUCCAGGAAACAUUUCAUUUGAUACCAAUGAUGGUGUGAAAGGCCAAUGUUAACUUAGGUCAUCAGAGUUCUAGUGUCUCUUUGGAUUUGGAAGUUUCACCACAAAGGGAAAAUAUUGCUACAUAGCUCUGCAUAUCUGCCAGAGUGUUGUUGUGUCUGGGGAAUCUUAUAUUGAUUGUCUUUCACAGGCUCACUUUAUGAGAUGAUAGAUAAGCUCUUCCUAUAUUUUGUGUUUUUUAAAAAAAAGCUGAAGUUCAUCAGUGUCUUUGAAGCCUGCACAGUGAAACCUAUUUCCCUGAACAUCAGAAAAGUGGGUUUUUGUGGUUUUAUUUUUUUGGGGGGGGGGAGUGGGAGGGGGGGGAAUUUGAUAUAAAUAAUUGUCAAUCUGAAUCAUUCAACCCCUCCUCCUUCAUCACCAUCCCCCUUGGGAGUAAGAAUUUCUUUGUAUUGACAGUCCAUGUGUAUCAAAUUAACCAGAUAAUUGCUAGGUUUGUGCUUAAUUUUGUGUUAUGUAGACACUGCCAACAUCUAUGUGUUUCUGAGUGGAAUCCUUUCAUUCUACUAUAUGUCAUAAUCAUGUGUAAAACAGUUAUAUUGAAAGAGCAUUCAGUUGGCAGAAAAGUUUGAUUCACAAAAGCUUUCUAUUUUUAGUGAAGUGGUCCUUGCUUUUAUAAUGGAAUGAAUCCAUGACAAUGUCAGGGCAUUCCAGUAAGAUAAGAACACGAGAGUUCAUUGCUCUGAUUUAUUGACAGAGGAUAUCAGAAUUAAGAGAAACAGGCAACCUUGAUGUACUGUUGAGCCACAGAUGCAAGACAGAGCCACCUCCCCAAAGGAAGGGCUAUUUUACUGAGAAUGAACCAAAUUUCAAGAAUUAAGAUAAAAAAGAAGACAGGAACUCUGCUCUCAGUAGCAAGGUUUUGCCAAAUGUUUCUGCUAUAGUUGUUUGGUUUUAAGGUGCUUGAGCCUCCUCCAAUCCCUACCUGAAAAUAGUUAAUGGGUGAAUCAUUUCUUUUUCCUUUAAAAUGUUUUUAAUAUGAAAUUAAUAUCAGCAAACAGACAAAGAGCAGAAGAGGAUUGUAUAUGUAACUGUGAACUUCUGUUAGUACAGUUUGUGUUUUAACAUGGUAGUGGCAAAAAUGUCCUGUUUGUGUCCCUUUUUGAAAUUCCUUCUGCUCUUAUGUGUACUUUUUAAUGUUUCAUUGUUAGCACCCCCCACCUUUUUGCAUUUCUAUCACUAUUCACUGAUGCUCUCCCCACCUCAGCUUCCAAAAUAGCAAACCAUUCCUCUACGAACGAAAUUUUCAUCAUGAGAUACUGAACACAAAUAGCGUAACUGUUUUAGAAGUUGUUUGGUAAUCUAAAAAAAAUUGAUUCUAUUAAACUCACCAUGGUUUCAUUGGGAACUUUUAAAAGGUUGCUAGUGGUCAUCACAGUCCUUGAAAUGGAAGGGACCUUACCAACUGCUUCAUCUUACAGAGGAGGAAACUGAGAGCAUACAGGUAGUAAGAAAGAACUGGAAUCCAGUCUUCUUUUGGCUAGGCAACAAGGUGGUGCAGUAGAUGAUAGAGUGCUGGGCCUGGAGUCAAAAAGACCUGACUUCAAAUCUGACCUUAAAUACUUAAGAGCUGUGUGACCCUAAUUAAGUCAUUUAAUCUGUCUGUGUCAGUUUCCUUAACUGUAAAAUGGAAAUAAUAGUCAACAUUCCUCCUAGGGUUGUUAUGAGGAUCAGAUGAAGUUUGUAAAGCAUCUGACACAUAGAAGACUAGCUAUGGCCUAUGUCUAUCCAUUUUGAGUUCCUGGAUGAUGGGUGGUUUGCAGGGGUUUUGGGGGGGAGGGUGUUAAUCUCCUGCAUUUGUGGGUUCUGACACACCCAUCUUUUAACAGGCUAGCUUGGGACAUUCCAGAAUGUUUCUCAGACAUUUGCAACUGGUUCCAUCCAAAGGAACGCUAAAGCAGAAUUCUCAUAGCCAGAAGGCUAAACCCUCACCAUAGCAGUGUUAUUUCUAGACUGCCAAGGAGGAUAGCACAUUCUAGAACAGAGCUGUCUGUUGUGAGCUGUGAAAACAAAUUUACCAGGCCUAUGCCAUAUUUAAAUGCAUCAUCUCCUUUGAAGUACUGCUUUUGUGGGGAGGGGAGGAGAAGCAAGGGGGGAGGGAAGACAAUAAGUUUUAGUUUUCAUUUUUUCCCCAAACAGAUUUGCCGAGAAUUUAAAAAGAUUGAACCAAAGCUGUGUACAUUGAGGAUUUUGUCUGGGCUGUAUCAAUCUAUCUUCACUGUAUCUGAUUAUUUCCAGCUUAAGCUCCUUGCUUUAGUUACUUUCUCCUCUUAGCUGUUGAUUUUGCUGUUGCUUCAUGGAAUCAUAAAUAGACCCUGGCACUUCGGGGGAGACAAUUGGUAAUCAAAGGAGAGUGAACAGAGUUAGGACACAAAUGUGAUUAGCUCAACAUAGGUGUUGGAUAACUUGGACAGAUGGGUCACAGGCUCAGGGAAAGUCCUUUGCCUGUUGGAUAAUGUUAAUCAUGAGUCAGAAUCCCAUCUGUGAAUGAGUACUCUACUAAAAACAAGUCCGGGGCCUUAUCUUCUUUUAGUAAACAGGCAGAGAAUCUCUAAAACAAUGUGGGAAGGUGGUGGGUAUUGAGAUAUUGUUCCCAUCCCACUGACCCUGAAAGAACUCAUAUUCUACUGGGAGAUACAAGUUUUCCAAUAAGGAAAUACAAGGAAAUAGAGAAAUAAAUAGAAAAUUAUAUGGAAAGGACACAAACACUUGGGGAAUCAGGAAAGCCCGCUGACC